AUGUUAGUGCGUAAAUGGCGUCGUAAAUCAUCUGGAAUCGGUUUGAAAACAGUCGAAAAUGUUGAGGACUGGCAGUUUGAAGUCGGACAAAAUCUUGCACCAAAAGGGCCGUUGGAUCAAAGUGGCUUGAUUGAAAGUAAUGCCGCACCGACAUUUUCUCGUAAUGACAAAGAUGACAAAUUUGAAUUUCGUAUUCGAAAUCUUCCGUAUUCACUUGAGACAUAUCAACUCUCUGUUGAUAAAGAUAAACAUGAAAUUGUUUUGAGAACAACAAAUAAAAAAUAUUUCAAACGCUUUUCUAUAUGUGAUCUCGAUCGAUGUCAUUUACCCAUUGAUGAGUCAAAUUUAUCAUUCACACAUGCAAAUAAUACGUUAAUUAUUAAUUACAAAAAACCACAAGAAAUUUUACAAUUGGAAAAACAAGUUAAAGAUGAAUUAACAAAAUUAAAUAUGAAAAAGGAAGAUGGUAUUGUUCAUAUAUUCGUUCCAUUACCAUCAAGAGGAGAAACAUGCGUAUUUCAGGUAAAACCAUUUCAUGCAAGUGUUGGUGAUUUUUUGAAUGUAUUACAACAAGAAGAUCGUGGAAUUGAUCGUGCCGCAAUUCAUUUAUCUGAUGGUUCACGAUUAUCUCGAAAUACACCGAUCGAAGUUAUAUUUGAACAAGAAUUUCAAUUAAAAAUUAACGAAACAACGUACGAUGUUCAACCACCGUAUUUAUUUUCGGUAGAAAAACCUGUUAAAACACUUUUAUCUGAUGUAUCAAAUUCCAUCACACGUUUAUAUCAUGACCUUGGAAUUAAUCAUUAUGCUCUGAGACGUGAGAAAGAAUUAGAAAAACAAUUAACUUUUUUAAAUGAUACUAUUCAACCGUUCCAAUUGGUUCACCAUGAAUUAGCCAUGAAAGCUAUAAAACAAUUAAAAUGGCUUUCCUGGAGUGGUUUAGCCUUUUUGAGUUUUCAAACUGGUAUCUUAUUUCGACUUGUAUGGAUUGAUUAUAGUUGGGAAACAAAUACAAUGGGUAGAAAGAAGAAGAAGCAGACGAAACCGUGGUGUUGGUAUUGUAAUCGUGAAUUUGAUGAUGAAAAGAUCCUUUUACAACAUCAAAAAGCAAAACAUUUUAAAUGUCAUAUAUGUCAUAAGAAGCUAUAUACUGGUCCAGGUCUACAAAUUCAUUGUAUGCAAGUACACAAAGAAAAUAUUGAUAAAGUGCCCAAUGCAAUCAAAGGGCGAGACAAUAUUGAAAUUGAAAUCUACGGAAUGGAAGGAAUCCCAGAAGAAGAUAUCAGAGAACAUGAUAAACAGCGAGCUGGAAAAGAAAAAGAUGAUACAAAUGGUAGUAAUCUAAAAAUGAACCCAGCCUCAAUGAUCCCUACAAUGAAUCCUGCUCAAAUGAGUAUGAUGCAAGCUCCAAUGAUGCCAAUGUUUCAGGGAAUGCCCUUUGGACUUGGACCAAUGCCACCUUCUGUAAUGGCACCCAUGAUGCCGGUAUCGAUGAUGGCUCAUAUUAGACCACCUAUAAUACCACAACAACAAACUCAACAGGCUACCAUUGUCUCACAAGUGCCGACACCUACCUUAACAUCGAUUGUCAAUGCUUCUCCCACUAUAAUGGCAUCUGCAAAACCAUUGUUCCCAUCAGGAGUGAACGUCGAUUCUUCGACAAAUGAAGCAACGAGAUCUCAAUCACCAACGUCUUCCCUAACCUCAAAUCCUCAAUCUAUCACAUCGCCAAAUACCAGUAUUACAUCGAAUGUUUCAGCAGGAUUUUCAGCUUAUGGAUCAUCAUCGUUACCCGGCGCCACAAUGACAAAAACAAAAAUUGAUUCAGCUGGUGGAAAUACCAAGAUAAUUCAUCCAGAUGAAGACAUUUCAUUGGAAGAAUAUCGUGCAAGUUUGCCAAAAUAUAAACCAAUGUUAUUUCCUACUCUUCAAAUGCAAACAAUGGCUAUGCGUGCGCCUCAAAUGUUAAAUUUUACACGUCCUUCUAUGUCUGGAUUAUCUUUUCUAGCCACCAAUCCGCCAAUGACAUUCCAAAGCGGACCACAACAAAUUGCAAUGACAAUCAAUCCUAAUGGACCAUUUUAA